AUGUUUAUGUAACUUCGAGGAGGUGGAUGUGGAAAUUCUGCUAAUUUAGUAUAACCCAAGAUUACACCAAUUAAUACAACAGAAGAAAAGUAAAUUACACCUAAUUUAUAAAACAAAAUUAAAUGGCACACUUAAAGGAUAGCUUAGAAUGCUGUAACAGCUAUAGAUAAAAAGCAUGAUCUUAUGAAUAGUUUCUAAUUUUUUUAAAUUCACCAGAGAUAACUAUGGGAACAAGCGAAAAAUCCAGAUUUAUCAAAAGAGAAUAUUGAUUUAAUUUUAGAAUGUCUUACUUUACUAUUACCAGCCUUAAAAAGUUUUAUAUAAUCGAAUCACUUAUAUGCACUUUUUACUUCAUAAUCUAUUUCUAGUCUAAUUUGGGUAGUAUUUACAUUUUUUUCAACAACAAAGGAAAGAUAUCUAUAAGUUUAGACUUAGUAAUAAUAUUUAAAUGAAAUUGAGUAAAUUUAUGAAAGACUAGAAAUAGAGAGUGGUAAUGAAACAUCUAAAUAUUAAAAUAAUAUAGAAUAUGAAUUAUUUCUUAUUAGGGCAAUAUUAUUUGUAACUCCAACCAAUUCUUAGGAAGGAGUUGAGAUCUUUACAUAAUUUUUAGAAGGAGCCUUUUAAACUUUAGUUACAUUCUCAUUAAAUGAUAAAUUGAUUUAAAGUUUAAAAAGAGGUGUUGUAUUCUUGUAUUAAUAAGGUGUUAAGUAUUCAAGAGUAAAGAAACUAGAAAUCAUUUUCUCAUUACUAAGUUUGAAAUUUGAUGCUAUGAAUAUAUUGGAAUAGAGUAGAGAAUCGAAAUAAUAAAAUAAUAAAUCUAUUGAAAUUGUUGAAUUGCUUGGAAAAAUGUAUUGUAAUGUUGUAAAAGAAUCAAGUGAUUGGGAAAUAUGGUAAUGUUGGAUAUAAACAAUAUCUUCUUUAUUUUAAUUUAAACCUGUAGUUUAAAAGUUGAACUUAGAAAAAUCUCUAUUAGAUGAGAUAUAAAAUAAAGAUUAUGCAAUAAAAACUUUGGGAGAUUAAUAAAUAUUAUCAUUAAAAUACUCUUAUAUUUAAAAUGAUAAAACUUCUAAGACACUAUUUGAUUGUUCAACAAUACUUUAAGAAUUAGCUUAACUUUAGAUUUUCAUAUUAUAAGGUUAUGGUUAAUUAUCUAAUUAUGAAUAAUAAUAUUUUCUUAAACUUUAGGCUUUAGAAGAAUAAAAAUAAAAUAAUUAACCAUAAUUACCAAUUACUUUAUCAGGAAUAUCUUAAUUAUUAAAUUAAGUAGAAUCAUUAUAAUCAAUAUUUAUUGAAUUUAAUGAAAUUGUAAAGUCUUAAGAUUUUAAAGAUUAAUAAAAAUUAAAACAAUCUGAAAAAUUAAUGAAACAAUCUUAAUUGAAAAUUAUAGCAUUAUUAUCAGAUAUAGAAAAUUUGAAUACAUUAAAAAUGAUAGUUUAAGAUUCAUAAUAACCAAAAGAUAAUUAAAAUGUAUUUUUUGAAGAUUACUAUUAAAUUUAAUAAACAAAUUGUCAAAUUUAUCUAAGUGGUUUAGUUAAUAUUGGAAAUGAUUAAUUUCAAGAAAUAUUUUAAUGUGAUUAGUAUUUUUCAAUUAUUGUUGAAUUAAUAACAGGUUCUUAAAAUGGUUAAUAAUUUAAAAAAAUGUAUGAAUAAUUUUAAAAAAAUUAAAAGGACAAAUCUGUAAUAAUAAAUUUAUCAAAUGCUUUAAAAAAUUUAGUUUUCAAAGAAGAAAGUUCAAAUUUUUAAUAAAAUGAUUCUUUAAUUGGUUUAAUUAAAGCAAUAAAUUUAAUUAUAUAAUGGAAAUCUAAUUUAAAAUGGAAUUUAUAAAUUAGCAUAAUCUUAUAAAUACAUCUGAGAAUGUUAGUAUAAGAAUAAUAUUAUGAUAAAGAUCCUAAUCUUUAUUCUUAAAUAAUUGCUAUUACUAAUUAACAUAUUUCAUACUAAACAUUAAGUUAAUCAAUUUAAUUUUUAUAUAAUUAAUAUUCAUAAUGUGAAUGUUAUAAUAGGUUUUCAAAAUUAGAAUUAAAAUCAACAAGUCAUCUAGAAAAGUUACUAAACACCUUAUUAAUAGAUAAUUUUGAUGCUAAAAAUACAACUUUAUAAAUUCUUCGAAAGUAUUUAUUUUCCAAUAGUUCAUCAGUUUAGAAUGUUAAAUUUGAUUUUGAAAUCUCAAAGAUGAUGGAAGAAGAAUUAGAUCAUUCAUUAAAUUAUAUAAAUCAGAUUUAAAGUGCUUUAAAAAUGAUUAUUGAUUUUCUUUUAUAUGAAAAAGAAGUUAAUAAUGAAGUAACUGAUGAAUUAGAAUAUCUUCUUGAUUUAAAAUGUAUAAAUGAAGUAAAAUAAAGUUUUCUUCAAAAUUAAACAAACAAAUAUAAAAUAUAAGAAUGUCUUUAAAAACUUUAGAAUUAUUUUAAUAAAUUUACAGUAAUAUUUACAAAUUCUUAAACUACUAUUAAGGAAAAUGAUUAAAAAACUUAUGAAUAAUUAAAUCAGAAAUCUUAAACAUUAUCAUAAUUAAUUGUAUUUUUUACAGGACUCUCUGAAUUGAACAUUUUUAAUAAAAAAGAUGAAAAAUUAGUAGAACAAAUAAAAAUAGAUAUUAGAGAGAAGUUAGAUGAAAUAAUUGAUUAAACAAAUAUAAAAUCUAAUAAUCUGAGUAUUAAAGUUAAUAAUAAAAUUUAAGUAGAAAUUGAAUUUUACUAAAAAAUUAAUUCUUAAUUAGAAGAAUUGAGAUCAAAACAAGAAAAAUAAUUUAAUCAAGUUAAAGAAAUUUAGAAAGAAUUAUAAUAGAUAUAACUUUAACUAAAAAAUAUAGUAACUUUAAAUAAGUUGAAAGAAUAAAAAAAAAGUUAUGAUACUAUUCUAAAAGAGACUGAAAUAGAUAUUAUGUAAUGUUUUAAUAGAUUAAAAAAAGAAUAAACUUCUUUAGAAUUAGAUUUUUCAAAAAUAAAAUAAUAAUUAAGUGAAAAAAAAAAUAAUUAACAAAAAAAGGAUAUUGAAUCUUAAUUACAUUUUAUAUUAGUUUAAAUUGAUAGUAAGGAGAAAUAAUAAAAUUAUUUGGAAUAGUAAUAUGAUAAAAUAAAAGAAGAAAUUGUAGAUUUUUUAUUUAGUAAUAAAUGGAGAAUAAGAUAAGUUAUUAUUUAUGAAUUAUAGUAAAUGAGAUAAUUCUGUUUAUCAUAAAAUUCAAUUAAUCUUAGUUCAGGACUCUUGAUUAAAUUUUCUGUUUUUGAAACAGAUAAAAAAAUAAGAGUAUUAUUCAAUAAUUAAAAAGGAUAAGAAUCUUAAAUGAUAUUAAAUAAAUAUUGGCCAAAUUAGGAAUAAAUGAUUUAAAAUAAAAUCAAAGAAAAAAUAAAAGAAUUAAAUGAUAUUGCUUAAAAAUUGACAAUAGAAACUUCAAAUUAAUUAAAAAUUAAAUAUCAAAAGGAAUAUAGUAGAUUAGAGAAAGAAAUAUAAGGAAUUUUAGAAAAUGUAGAAAAUAUUGGAAAUUAAUUAGGAAUAACAAUCUUGUUUUUUUAAGAUUUAAAAUAAGAUCUAUUAAGAAUUGAAAAUUAAAUUAAAUAGAUAUAAGAAGCUAUGGAAAGUAUUAAUAAAGAUCUUAAGUUCUUAAAAGGAAGAUCAGUAAAAGAACUUUUUGAAAUGAGAAUGAAACGAGUACUUUAAUAAAGAUUAGUAUAUAAUUCAGAUAAUGUUUAUAUUUAAAUUUUAACAAAAGAAAAAUUAUAAUAAGAAGAUAAAGAAGAUAAUGAAACUGUUUUAUUUACAGAAGACUUAUUUGGUAAUGGAGAAAUUAAUGAAUUUAUUUGGAAGUAAUAAAAAGAUUCAUUAUUAAUUCAUGGAUAAGCAGGAUCAGGAAAAAGUACAGCAGCUAGAAAAAUUGAAGAAUUUUUAUGGCUUAUAUAUUAGAAAAACAAAAAUUAAACAGAUUAUAUUCCAUUGAUUCCAAUCUUUGUAUCACUUCCUUAAUUAAAAGACCCUAUAUAUUGUGCAAUAGAAGAAACCCUUAGAUCAGAUAAUUAUAGAUUUAGUGAAAGAUAAAUAGAAGAACUUAAAGAAGCAUUAGAACUUAAAUAAUACAGAUUGAUAAUAAUCAUGGAUAGUUAUGAUGAAUUAAAAUAAUAAUAUAUUGGACUUAAUUUAAAUAUAUCCAAUAGAAUUUCAAAAUGGAGAUGUAGUUCUGAUAGAAACAAAUAUCCAAAAGUUAUUACUACAUCAAGAUCAGAACUCUUUACAAUAAAGGGAUAUAGUUCUUGGUUCUUAUCAGAAUCAAAUUCACAGAACUUAUAUAAAGAAGUAAGAUUAUUAAAAUUUACUGAGAAUCAAAUAAAACAAUAUAUUUAAGAAUAUACAUUUCUUUGUGUUAAAAGAGUUAUUAAAGAAUUCUAUUUUACUGCUUAUUAAGAUUAAGAUUAUUAAGAAUUUGAAAAUGUUUAUGUUGAUAUUAUCAAAACAGUAGGUUUGUUAAAUUUAAAAUAAGAUUAAUAAUAAAUGUUAAGUUCAGAUAUUAUAGAUUCCUUAAUUUUGAAAUGUAAACAUUUUGUUUCAACUGAACAUCAAAAGACAAUGACUUAAAUGUUGAUGGAGAUUUGGUCAAGUUCAAAAUAUGAAAACUUCAUUAAAUUAAUGGGAUUAGAAUAGGUAAUAGAAACACCAUUUAUGGUUGAAAUUGUGAUGGCUGUCCUUCCUUAUGUAGUAAAGUAAAGAUAGGAAAUUAAUAAUAUUAAAGAGAAUUUCAUUAAAAAAUAUGUUUAUUUAAGUAGAUAGGAUGAUUCUGUUUAAAAAUAGGCACUAGAUGAAUGGCAAGGAAUAUUGAAUAAUCAAUAAUUCAUUACAGAAUUUGUAUAAGAAUUUUAGAUUGCAGAAUAGGAGAAGAAGAUACUUCAAUAUUUUUAGAAUAAUUAAAGGGUUAAUAUUAUAAUGAAGGCAUUGUUAUUGGAACCAUUAUCUACAUAUGAUUUCUAUAUAUAAUUUUUAGAGCAUUAUUUUAAGAGAUAAAUUAAUAAAUUAAGAGAAACUGGAGAAUAAAUUGAUUUUGAUUCAAUAGGAAAUGAAUUAUGGGAAUUUGCUCAUAAAUUGGCUAAUGAAAUGACAUUUAGUAAUUUGAGUUAAGUUCCAUUUUAACCUAGUGGAUUAGUAUUUAAAAAGGAGGAUAAAGAUUGGAGAGAUGAUUUUUUUAAUGAUGAUUGUUAAGAAGGAACAUUUAAAAGAUUAUUUAGAAAAUGUAUACCAAUAAAAUAAAAAAGUGGAAUUUAUUCAUUUAAUCAUAAAUCUUUAUAAGAAUUCUUAGUAGCUAAAUGGUUUAUAGAAUAAUUAAUAAAAUUAGAUGUAUAAUUAUAGGAAACAUCAAUAAAUAUUGAUGAAGCCUAAAAAAAAUAAUUAGUUAAAUACAAUUUUUUUAAAAAAUCAUGGGAUUUUGAUUAUAUGUAAGGACCUAUUAGAUUUAUAAUUAAUAAAAUAAAAUUUAAUGAAGAGUUAAAAUAGAAAUUAAUGAAUUUAGUAUUUUAUUCAAGAUUUGAUGAUGAAUAUAUAAUUGGAAGUUCAAAUAGUUUAUAUUUAUUAAAUCUUUUAGGAUAGUAAUUUAUAGAGACAAAUUUUUAAAAAAUUAAAAUUAAAUAAGUAAGUUUAAUUAAUGCUAAUUUUUUUGGUUGUAAUUUUAAUGGAUCUACAUUUAAUAAAGUGAAAUUAUCAGGAGUUAAUUUAAAUAAUGCAGAAAUAAAGAAUGCUAAAUGGUUAGAUAUUUUAAUUGAUGAAUUACCAAAAAUAGAAACAAAUUUAAGUUAAGUAUCUUAGAUUGUAUAUAUUGAAGAAGAGAAUAUCUUUUUAGUUCAUGAUAAUAUUUCUGUUAAAUAAUAUAAUCUAUAUAAAUUUUAAGAGGAAAAGAAAUUAAAUAUAGAUUUUAAACCACGAUUUAUGGUCUUAUCAAAUAAUUAAAAAUUAUUAGCAAUGAUGAAUAAAAAUGAGGUCUUAAUUUUUGAUAUCAUUAAUAAUAAAGCUAUUUAAAAAUUGAAUUUUGGUGAUUGUUUUUCUUAAUAUAAAGAAACUAUUACAUUUGGUCCAGAUGAUUAAUCUAUAAUCUUAGGAGGAAGUGAUGGAGCAGACGAAUUACGUUUGAUUAUAUAAUAUGAAAAUGUUGCAGAAAUUAAAAAUUCAAAUAUUAGAUCAAAACAUGCUACUAAAGCUAAUUAAAAAGUUAAAAUGAUUGGAGAUGAUAAUGAUGAUAAUGAUUUAAUUUAGAAUUCAAAUGAUAUUUAAUAAUCAUAAAAAAAGAAAAUUAUCAAAGUUUAACCAGAUUCUAUAGUAGCACCAGAUGAAUUUCAUUCAUUAACAUCUGAAAAAGUUUAUGAAUUAAAAUGUGCAAAAGUUGUUGUUUUAUAACAUUUUUUCAAUUUUUCAAUUUAUAAUUAAAAAGAUAAGAAAUUAGAAACUCAUGAAUCAAAUCUAAGAAAAUUGACAUGUUCUGAUAUAAAUAGAGAUUCAACUUUAAUUGCCUUUGGAGGUGAAUAAGGAGAAUUAAUUGUAUUUUAAAUAUCAUAAAUUGAUAUUAAUUUUGGUUUAGUAGGUCAUAAAGAAUAUAUUUCUCAAAUCUAAUUUUCUACUGAUGGAAAAUAACUAGUAUCUUGUUCAUUGGAUAAGACAAUUAGAUUAUGGAAUAUUUAAUAAAAAUCUUUGAUAAGUCAAACAGCAUUUAUCUUAAAACCUAAAGUAUAUUCAUUAUGCUUAGUUAAUAAUUCAGCUUUAGCUUUAACAGGAUUUAAUGAUGGACUUAUAUAAUUAUGGGACUUAGAAAAUUCUGAUUCAAGGAUGGAUGUUAAUAAAGGACAUUAAGCUGAAAUAACAUGUGCAAUAUUUUCAUCAGAUGGAAAUUAUAUCAUAUCUGGAUCAGUAGAUAAAAUGAUUAAAAUUUGGAAUACAAAAAGUGGAAUUUAAGAAGGAUAAAAUUUAGUUAAGCAUAAUUAAACAAUCUUAUCAUUAGCUAUCUCAGAUGAUUCAUAUUUAUUAUGUUCUGGUAGUUUAGAUGGUUAUGUUUAUUUAUGGGAUUUUAAAAGUCAGAAAUUUUUAUAAUAAAUAAAUUUAUAUGGAAGUUAAGUAAAUGAUGUCAAAAUUAUAAAAUAUAAUAAUGAAUAUAGAAUUUUGACUUAAACUAAUGAAUCUGUAGUUUAAUUAUGGUAGGAGAGUCUUUAAGAAUACUAUUUACUAUAUGAUUAUGUAGAUGUUAAUAAAAGAAGUAUUUCUGCUUAAGAAAGUAGCGAAAUACUUUUACAAUCUAAAAAUUCAAAUACUUUUGUAAGAGAAUUUAGAAGUAUUACAUAUGAUGCUCUUAAAGAUCAUAAGAUUACAUCUAUAGGAGCUAGUAUAGAUGGAUUAUUUAAAUUAGUAGGAACAGAUAAAGGUACAUUAUUAAUUAUUAAACCCGAUUCAAGAUCAGAAUAAAAAUCAACAUAACUCUCUCAACCAAUUUAAAUGAUAAAGACUUUAAAUUCUAAAUACUUUUUAACAGUAACUUAAUAAAAUAUAUUUAUAUGGUGGUUUUCUGAUUUUACAAUAAAAGAGUCAAUUUUAACUGAAAAUAGAGUAAUAAAUGAUAUUCUUGUAAUUGAAGAUUAAUUUUUAUGUGCAGGAAAUCUAAUAGAAAUUUGGAGCAUCUCCAAUUAAUUCAAAGUAUAAAAAAAAAUAUUUAUACAAAAUGCUACUAUAACAGCUAUUGGAUAUGAUUAAAAAAACAAUAAAAUUUAUGCAGGAUUAUAUAAUGGCAAUAUUGCUGUAAUUGAUUAAGUUACGGAUGAAUAGAUUUAAAUUGAAUAAGCUCAUUCUAAAGAAGUAAAAACAGUUCAUUGGCUUAAAACAAGAAAUUUAUUAUUAACAGGAGGAGAAGAUUUAUCAUUGAAAAUAUGGGGUUCUGAUUUAGGACUUAUAAAAGAGGUUGAAAUUUAUGAUAAUUUAUAAUAAACUUUUGUUUCAUCUAAUGAAAUUUAUAUGAUAGUUUAAGAAUCACAUCAAAUAAGUAUUUGGGAUUUAUAAUAAAUGGAAUUAGUAGAGAACAUGAUCAAAAUACAAAAAUAGACUAAAGUAAUGUUGAUCAAUUCUACUUAACAAGUAUUUUGGGCUAAUGAAUAAUAAAUAUCAAUGUUACCUAUCAUGAAUAAAAAAAUUAAAUCAUCUUAUAUGAUGGAAAAAUAAUCACAUGAUCCUGAAUUUAUGGCAACUACUGAAAAGAUGAUAAUUACAGCAGAUAGAAAAGGAAAUUUAUUUAUGUGGGAUUAUGAAGGUGAAAAAAUUGAUUAAAAAAGAACAGAUAAGUAAAAUGAAUUAAAAUCUAUUCAUUUAUCCUAUGAUUAAACUAAACUUGUUUUAGCAUUUAAGAAUUUGAUUACUGUCAUUGAUUUAUAAAAAAAGUAAGAUAUAUUUAAUAAAGAUUUCUAAAAUUUUGAUAUAACUAGAGCAUUAUAUCUAAAUAACAAUGAUCUAAUUAUUGUUACUAAUUCAGAUAAAUCUCAAGUUAUAAAAUUUUCAAUUUUAGAUUCAAAAAAGGAGAUUAUCAUUAGUAAUCAUAUAGGUAAAACUCUUGGGGCUGCAACUUAUUAUUAAUCUUAUUUAACUUAUGGAUCAGAUUAAGCAAUUAGAUAUUAUGUAGAUUAAUAAUCAUGCAAAUUUGUAUUUUCUUCAUAAUUAUAAUUUGAAUGUGAAGGGGCAUAAAUAAGAAACAGUGAGAUUUCAUUUAAAUCAAAAAUAGAUCUUGCAGUUUUAUUUAAAUAGAAAAAGGCUAUUUUAGAAUGA